GGAACAUCCGUGGUCUGCAUCCUUCCAACCUCUCAACCAAAGCCCUCCAACAGGGUAUUUAGCUCCAGGGCCCGAACACUUUCUUCAUUGCAAGAAUAUUGAAGCCAGCAAAGUGGUUCUCGACUGGAAUUUAACAAGCCGUGGACUUGAAAUCACUCUUCCUAUAAGCGAAAACGAACGACCCUACGCCAUCAUACCAUGUCAAUUACGAAACAAUCCGUGGAACUUUUUAGCUGUGCCGUUGAAGCACCACGGAAGUAACGUAUAUUCGAGAUCGAUCGCCCCGGCCAGGUGGGUCAGCUAUCAAACCUGGCAUCAAUGGCCAAACCAACGAUCGCUCUUCAUGACGAAAGUACCCCUGAGAUCCGGCUCUUCCAAUGAAUUCCACCGCGAACUGUGGAUAAAGAAGUUACCCGAAACCGUAAGGCUGUUGCACGCUUACUCGACAGAAGCAUGUACGCUACGUGGGACAAUGAUACAAGCCCAGUCAACCUCAAGGGUCUAUACGAAUGGUCCCACACGAGCUGCGUUGGUGCUAGAGAGCAAGGACAAACAUGAGUCGUUCGCUAUUAUUAUAGCGGCCUUCGACCCAGACUCGCUUUCCUUUCUGAGCCUAUUCAAGCACUAUGAUAAACUCAAAUGUCAUUUUGUGAGGGCACCCUCGCACGACAUUCUACUCUCUCUUCUCAAAUCAUCUUUGCAACUAGAUACGAUGCCGAACCUGAUAGAAUUUCAAGGCAAUAUGUUGCAUACUACAGUGGCUCGGAGUUAUCAUCUGGACCAAACCAUCUUUGAGAUCGAUGUUCAGCAAUUGAGUCCAUUUGCUUCUCUCAUCAAAAGGUAUAAAUAUGCCGGGGUAGUCCUUGGGUCUUGUGAAACCUUGGUUGGCAAUGUUCUGUCAAUAAAGACGGGUAUCGCCUUGUUCGUCUUCUGGCUUGGUAGGAUCAUCGGGAUGCUUCUUUUAUGGCUGGAAUGCUCUGGACACUUGCCCAGGGUGUUGAGCAUGAAAAUUAUGGUCGAUAAUAUCAUUCUUCUUUUCGGAAACUGGGCCUGCAAGGUGGUCCUAGCCUACGAGCUCGUGCCGCUUCAGUCUUGUAUCGCUCCCGAGUCAUCGGCCUUUUAUCAACGUAAUCGAUGGGCUUUGGCGUCCUUUUGGGGUACAGCAUUGCUUAUUAUAACAUCAUCUGGGAUUUGGAAUCUUUCUUUGGGUCUUGUGUUUCUUUGGCACUGCUGUUGGGGAGUUGACAAGAUUGAGACGAAUACCCAUAGCGCAGUAUGGGUCCUACUUGGGUUUGGUGUACCCACGUUUGGCACCUUCUAUGCAGGGCUUGAUCUCACAAUGAAUGAAGGCUGUGAACUAAUGCACACGGAAAUCACUAUCACAGGAAUUCUGAGGAACGGGUAUCUGGAAACGGUUUGGAAAUUUUGGAAUAUUUUACCUCUGCUGACAGUAUACUUUGUCUUGCCAGGUCUCAAACGCGAGACACGUUUAUUUUAAUAGAAUAGAUAUCGUGGACUUUGGGGCAUGUCAGGCAAGUCACGAUACAAUGUCCUUGAUGCAAUGUUCUCAAAGCAAUCAUACUUGAGGGAGAACGGCAUUGCGAAAAGCGGCAUCUCACAAAUACGAAUUAGAACAUAAGUGUAGUUUAAUGUCUUCAUGACAAUUCAGGCGAGUAUUUAUUUCAAG